AUGAAAAUCACAAACAACACCACAAAUAUUAAGCAACACAAAUGCCUACAAAAAAUAAGCGAAAUUGUGGAUAAAACUCAAUUAAAAAAAAAACAAUUCAAAUACGUCAUAAACAUCAAUCACGAACCAGACGAUAAAAUAAAAAAAGAUUUAGAAAAAAGUUUGGACAAAAAAGAUGUUUUAAUCAAAAGUAAUAAUACAUUCAAAAUUCUCACAGACAGUAUUAGUACAGUAAUCUAUUUUGUAAAUAUGUUCGAUGCAGAAUUAAAAGGACAAUUUAUAACCACUCUAAGACCAAAAAAUAUGUAUACGGAUUUCGAUUGGUAUAAAUCACUCACAGAAAUAGAAUGGGUAAUAGAAAAUGAAGGAUGUAAACUAAUUAAAUCCACAGCAAAGAAAAAUGCACCUUUAAAGCAAAUUUAA